AUGUCAGGCCUCGAGAUUGCUGGUCUUGUACUUGGGGCAUUGCCCAUUGUUGCUAGCCUCAUCGGCGAGUAUCGAGAAGGCGUCGACACCAUCAUGUCCAUAAUAUCAACCCGCCGAUAUCGAAGAGAAGUUAGACGAUAUCAAGAUGGUCUCAGCACAGAGAGCACCAUUUUUCAGAAUACCUUGGAAAGAGUACUUGUUCAGAUAGUGCACGACGAGGAAGACAUAGCGACCUUGCUGCAAGAUCCGGACAGUGCGCUUUGGAGACGCAGCGAGUACAACGCAGAGCUUCAGAGAAUGAUGAAGAAUAGCUACGGGGCGUAUAUGGCGACAAUGACCGAGCUCGCCUACCUCCUCAACAGUCUAAAGGAGAAGCUGACUACCAGGUCAACCCCUGCGAGCACGAUGAGCAAUUUUAAAAGGUUCAAUGACGUCUUCUCCAAGGGAGUGUAUGAAACUCUUCUCAGCAAGGUUAGAACCGCAAACCAGACUCUCUCCACCAUCACCGAACAAGUUUAUAAACUGGCCGAGACUCGAAAAACCCGUUGGCAGAGCCGAGGGUUACUGCAAGACUAUGCUAGGAUCAGACGGCAUGCUCGCAGCGUAUACGACACGUUUGUUUGUGGCAAUUGCUGGAAUUGUCCCUGUAGAGCAAGACACAUUCUAAAGCUGCGUCUUGAGAACCCGCCACACAAACGCAACGCUGGAGAAUCAAAGGGCGCGCAGACGAGAUCCAAGUUUGUCGUUCAUCGAUUCUCGUACCCUGAAGGUAGCGAGGUCGAAGUCUUGACAGCAGGCGAAGAAGUCGAGAUUGAAGCAGCCGACCUGCAAGACGAUGCUGACUGGGGGGCACCCCAAAUAUCCGUGCAGACGCAAAUUUCGGGAACUUCAAAGAGCCAUGAUUCCAAAGGCGUCCAUUUCAGUAUUGUCAAGUCAACCCUGGAAACCAUCCCGUGGCCAAAAGCGGGUGAUCCCAGUCAACAGCUUCGUGAUGUCUGCAACGCCCUCCAACUCCGUUCACAAGAGGCGAGGCGUGAACAUAUUGGGUUCCUCAUCGAUGAGCCCAAUAGGCGGCGACACGAUAUUUAUAUCGUUAGGAAACUCCCAACGGAUCAAUCCACUCGGUCCAUCAAAAGCAUUCUCGCGGACCGUUCUUUGUCUCCGCAGCUGGGUGGCAUUCCACUGUCGCCCAUCAGUCAACGCAAUAGACGGUAUCUCGCAGCCAUUCUAGCCUCGGGCGUUUUCCAGCUCCACGGCAGUUGGCUGAAACCGCAAUGGGGGCUUGAAGAUAUUCUGCUACAGUCACAAACAGACUAUUAUUCGAGCAACAUCAUCAGUCUUCCUUAUCUUUCGCGGGCUCUCGUUCAGGCCGCAUUGAGAGCUGAGACCAAGACGCCGGGUAAAAGCACCAGUUCGGCGCUUAUCAGAAGUAAUGUUCUUUUCCCACUUGGUCUGGCCCUGGUUGAGCUUUCCCUUGGACAGCCUCUUGAAGCUCUGUACGAGGCCGAAGACCACGAUUCCAUCGCGGCCGUAGCUAACCUCAAAACUGCGCUUCGGGUCUUGAAGUUUGUGCAGGAUAGAAGUGGAGAUCGCUAUUGUGAGGUCGUGAAAAUGUGUCUUCUCUGGUCUGGCCCUGACGGAGAUCAACUUGACAACCAAGCGCUGCAAAGUGCCAUCUUUGAAAAGGUAGUGAUGCCGCUACAGGAUGACCUUGAUGAUUUUGACGGAAACUCGUUGAUUCAUUGA